AUGCCCUCAAAGUCAAAGAGAAGACAAUCGACGUCUGUGGCAGUGGCUGUGGCAGAUAAGCCUGUUGAAAAGCCAGCACGCGCUUUGCCUCAGAAGGAUGAGGAGGAAAGGGAGCUCGAGGCCUUGAUUUUCGGUGAUGAUGAGGGGUUUAGAAAAGGAAUUGCGCAAUUGGGCGAUGAGGAGUUUGGCGUUGGGUAUACGGAUGAGCAGGAUCGUGAUGUGGAGGUCACCGACGGAACGUAUCAGCAGCCUGAGGAUGACGGUAUGGAGGAAGUGGCCGACAACGACCUUUUCUUCUUGGACGACGCACCUGGAACCGGACCCGAUGUCGACGACGACGAAUCCGAGGAAUACAUCUCAGAAGAUGAAGCACCGCAUGUCAGAGAAGCAGCAUGGUACGACUCUGACGACGAACGCAUCACCGUCUCCCUCGCCUCCCAUCCUCGUCUACGAAAAUUGCGCCGCACAGAAGCUGACGAUCACGUCACCGGAAAAGACUACCAACGGCGACUACGACUACAAUUCGAGCGCGUGUACCCCGUGCCAGAAUGGGCCCUCCCCGCAGGCGCAAAGGCCGCCGCACGGGCAAAGAGGUUGAGGGCGGAGGCUGAUAGCGAUGAUGAGAGCGCCGACGAGAUGGAUCAGGAUUUGAGUGCGGAUCCGUUGAAGACGCUGUUUCAGAGAGCGGAGGGGUAUGUUCGGAAGACAAAGAGUGCGGCGUUGGCGCCUGGUACGAUUGAUAUUUCGAGGUUGAAGGAUGCGAAUCAGCAACAGCUUUCUGCAGCGGCAAUUCAGACGAUGUCCUUCCACCCCACCCAUCCGUUGGUGUUGACGGGUGGUUAUGACAGAAUGGUACGGAUAUACCAUCUCGAUGGAAAGGUCAACCCGCUCGUUACUUCGCUGCAUGUCAAGUCUAUGCCGAUUCAGACCGCACAGUUCCACCCGGAUGGAAAGAGGGUGUUCAUCGGUGGACGGAGAAGAUAUUUCUAUAUCUGGGAUUUGGAGACGGGGACUGUGGAGAAGAUUUCUAGGAUGUAUGGGCAUGAGAGUAUGCAGAGGAGUAUGGAGACGUUCAAGUUGUCGCCGUGUGGACGGUAUGUGGCGUUGCUGGGUCAAAAGGGCUGGGUGAAUAUCUUGAAUGCGACCACGGGACAGUGGAUCACUGGUGUCAAGGUCGAGGGUGAGGUUGCGGAUUUGGUAUGGUGGGCGGCGGGAGAGGGAUUGACGAUUGCGAAUACUGCUGGUGAGCUCUGGGAGUGGAACUCUGAUGAAAGAAGAAUUGUCGGACGAUGGAGAGAUGAGGGUGGGUUUGCCACUGUGCGGAUUGCCUUGGGUGGAGAGGACAGCAGAUACAUCGCCGUCGGCUCCAAGACUGGUAUCGUGAACGUCUACGACCGUCGCAAGAUGACCUCAACAACAACCGAGCCCAAACCCCUUCGUACCCUCGAACAACUCACCACCUCCGUCCACACACUCGCGUUUUCUCACGAUGGACAAGUGCUGGCCAUGGCAUCGAGAGUCAAGAAGGAUAUGUUGAAAUUGGUACACCUCCCAAGCGGAACGGUUUUCAAGAACUGGCCUACGAUGAAUACGCCGUUGGGUAAGAUUGGUGCGGUGGAAUUCAGCCAGGGAAGUGAGAUGUUGUGCAUCGGAAAUGAGCAGGGUCAUGUUAGGUUAUAUAGGCUCGCUCAUUAUUCGGCGUGA